AUGCCGGCGACGAACAGCAGACAGACGCUUGACGAAGCACAGGAGCCUAGUGGCAUCUUGACGGCUAAGAAAGCCGGUGACGAUGAAGACGAGGGGCUAGAGGGUGAUGAUACAUCAGCUAUAUCCAACUCUAUCAACGACAAGAGCGAUAGCAGUCUCUACAAGCCUGGCAGUAAAGGAGAAGAUAAGGGCAAUGAUGGCGGCAAGGAUGACGACAAGGACGAGGACAUGAUUACAGGCAGACACAUAAAUCACAUUCGGGUCUCGGGCUAG